GCUUUCACUCCCGGCCCCUUUCCCUUCGCUGCUUAUUCAGAAGAGACGAUGCUCCCCAUCGCACUCGGUCCUCUCCUCUGCCCCCCCUCUUCCCCAGCCCUUUGAAAAGCUUUCCACUCGCAGGAAUUUGUAUGGGAGAGAGCGGGAGCAGGGAAAGGCAGCGUUUGCCAGGCAAAAGUAAGGCUGCAGCAGUUGAGGUGAGGGUUUGGAGCACCCUUCUGCUCUGACAGAGCCAGGGAAACCGGGAACACCGAGGGAAAGGGGCGUGGGCAUUGAAGCCUUCAGUGCCACAUAAAUGCUUCCUAAACACAGGCAGAGGGACGGAGGAAGGAGGCAGCCCCGGGAUCCGAAGACGACCGCAGCUCUCUGGUGAUGGCAUGGAUCGGGCGCUGGUUUACCUACCUCUCGGUCCUGCCACCGUCCAUCACCCCCCAAGUGCCAAGGCACAAGACUGAUGCGGAGCUGCUCUUAGCAACACAGCCAUGGCCGGAGAUUCUAGGAUCUUCAUGAACCAGGACAUGGACAUCGGAGUUACAUCCAGAGAGCCUAAGAAGAUUCCCAAGCAGGCUCGGGAUGAUGUCCCCAUUGCCACCGAUCGAACCCGCCUCAUAUCAGCAGAGGGUAAGAAGCCACGUCAGCGUUACAUGGAGAAAAGUGGCAAGUGCAAUGUGCACCAUGGCAAUGUCCAAGAAACCUACCGGUACCUUAGUGACCUCUUCACUACGCUGGUGGACCUCAAGUGGCGUUUUAAUCUGCUUGUGUUCACCAUGGUCUAUACCAUCACUUGGUUGUUUUUUGGGUUCAUAUGGUGGCUCAUCGCCUAUAUCCGGGGAGACCUCGACCACCUUGAAGAUGAGAACUGGAUCCCCUGUGUUGAAAAUCUCAGUGGAUUUGUUUCUGCUUUUCUGUUUUCUAUUGAGACUGAGACAACAAUUGGGUAUGGCUAUAGGGUCAUAACAGAGAAGUGCCCAGAGGGCAUCAUACUGCUCCUGAUCCAGGCUAUUCUGGGCUCCAUUGUCAAUGCAUUCAUGGUGGGGUGCAUGUUUGUUAAGAUCAGCCAACCAAAGAAGAGGGCUGAAACCCUCAUGUUUUCUAACAAUGCCGUGAUUUCCAUGAGGGAUGAGAAGCUCUGUCUCAUGUUCCGUGUUGGAGACCUCCGCAACUCCCACAUUGUCGAGGCUUCCAUUCGAGCCAAACUGAUUAAAUCCAAACAGACCAAAGAAGGAGAGUUUAUCCCCUUGAACCAAACAGACAUCAACGUGGGAUUUGACACUGGAGAUGACAGAUUGUUCCUGGUGUCACCUCUUAUCAUCUCACAUGAAAUCAAUGAGAAAAGCCCCUUCUGGGAGAUGUCCCGCACCCAACUGGAGAAGGAGGAGUUUGAAAUUGUGGUCAUCCUGGAAGGAAUGGUGGAAGCAACAGGGAUGACUUGCCAGGCUCGCAGCUCCUACAUGGACACCGAGGUGCUGUGGGGACAUCGCUUCACUCCCGUCCUCACCCUGGAGAAGGAUUUUUAUGAAGUCGACUACAACAGCUUCCAUAGCACUUACGAGACCAACACUCCUGUGUGCUGUGCCAAAGAGCUGGCUGAGUCUCGCCGGGAAGGGCAGCUCCUCAGCCACCUCUCCAGUGCCACCCUCCUCAGAGAAGCAGAGACAGCAAGAGGGCAGGAAGAAGAAGAGGAAGGUGUCAGGGAGCCAGCAGGGUUGAAUGGAGCCAAUGGGACAGCAGGAGAGGUGAAAGAAGAUCUGCUUGUAUAACACCUGAACUGCAGGACAGUAGGUACCCACGUACAUGUACUGGGAGACUGGUGAGUCAGGAGUUGACUGGGAGUCAGCUGAGAUUUAUGGCUGGAUCUCUGCUGCCUGCUGCUUGAUCCUGGCCAGUCACUGCCCAGCACUGUGCCUCAGUUUCCCUCCCCUUUUAGCUGUACAGUGAGCUUUGCACUCGUUUGCAGGACGUUUUGAUCUCUACGAAUGAGGCUCACUAGACAUCAUCACUGCUAAAUCGAAAUUCCCACCCAUGGUCGUUGCAAAAGAUGUGCAUUGGGUGUUCAGAGCUCUUCCCCCUUGAGAGGGUAUUUCAAAAGUAAAAGUCGAGAAUGUCCCAUCUCAGUGCGAAGAAUGUGGUUUCAUACUUUCACUUAAUUUGUGAGUCAAUGUAUUGUAGACAUUGUUACUGCUAAAUUAAAGGAAGAGGAAAAAAAACCCUCUCUGGUGUGUAGUGUUUUGCUUUCAUGAUGUUUGCAAACAGAUCUUUAGCAUUUUCCUCCAGGAUCACAGGCGAUGUGUGACAAUGUUCCCACCAACCCUUCAGCAUGUUCAGCCCAUGUUUCUGCCUGUCUUCUCAAACUGAGGUGCUAUCUUUACAUGCUCUUCUCAUGGAGUCACUGACACGUUUCGUGUGCUCUCAGUGAGCAGAGAAAGUUUAGAUCUUGCCCCAGUGUAGGUUUCUGUCUGGAUGUCCCAGUUUCAGUUCGGGCUGAUCAUUUAAAACAAAGCACGUAGCCAUCUGGGAGUGUGAAAGUAUCAGUCUGCAAGAUUCUCUGCUCCUCUGUGAACUACGUAUUUAAAAUGAAGGUUUGGGUGCUGAUGUUCCCAUGGAACACGCACUGACAUAACUGAUGCCAUGAUGAAAAACUGCUACAGAUUUGAACAAGAUGUCAGAAACAUGGCCAUGAUGGGGAAAAUCUCCUCCCUUACCACCCAAAAUCUGGUGGGAAAUACAAGAUACCUGCAGAAUUGCUUCUGUAUCAAAAUGGAUUGAGGAAUAUGUAAUAUGCGAGAGUUGCUUUCUAUGUAGGAAGUACUCUAUGUAUAUCUGUGAAGCAAAUGCACAUUGUAUUACAGCUGUACACUAGAGAUCUUAAAUAUGGGUUUGUCUCUUUAUUAAUACAAGGACAAGAUAAGCUGGAAAUAGAAAGCAAUAAUCAUUUCAACAUGUGAACAAAGAGGAGAAUACUAUCCAUAGGGGUCAGAGAUACUGUUUAAUUAGAGACCUAAUGUUAUAAUGUAGAUAGAAGACAAAUUUGUAUGGUGGAAAGAUGGCCGUGACAUGACUCUGUUGUACUUGGUAAGAACCAGCAGUCAGCUUGGCCUCCAGGAUGUAGGAAUUGCCAUGAUGUUAUACGGUAAGUUUGGAAGUGAAGCACCUUCGUUUGAAAUGCUUGUUAGUUGUAGAAAGCAUUUUGCAGACUUGGAAAGGUUUGUGUCUUUCCAAAGGGUCUCAUUUUAGGUUUUGUGC